AUGGCAUUGCUUGUUUCUUUUUUGAUUGCUCUGAAAUCCCUGGCACUUAAUUUCUUGCUUCUUCCAGAUCAUUUCCUGGCACCAUAUUCUUUCGUGUUUGACCUACUACAACCACGCCCCCCCACUCUCUCUGUUUUUCUAUCUCUCUCUCUUUCCACCAUUCUCUUUCCACUUCUUUAUCUUUCUCCCUCUCUCUCUCUUUCCACCUAUCUCUCUCUCUCUUCCUCCCUCUCUCAUAAUCUCUAUCUCUUUCCACCUUUAUCCUUCCACUUCUCUUUCUUUCUCCCUCUCUUUUCAACUCUCUCUCUCUCUCUCUCACCUUAUUACGUCUACAUCCUACAUAUAUCUUUACCUUUCUUUUUCAUUUCUACUGGUUCUUCUUAUUCUUCCUUUGGUCCUUUUCUUUAUCUUUUCCAUCACUUUACCAUUCUUUUCAUCUCUCACACGGUUGCUGUUGUUGCUGCUGCUGCUGCUGAAGCUCGUCUUCUUCUUUUUCUUCUUCUUCUUCUUUCAUCUGGUUACAUCUUUCAUUCAUCUAUCUAUCUAUCUAUCUAUCUGUCUGUCUAUCUAUCUAUCUAUCUAUCUAUCUAUCAUUGUCUCAUCAUAUAUAUUUACCUAGAUAUCUAUAUAUUACACCCUUUAAUAUCUAUCUAUCUAUCUAUCUAUCUAUCUAUCUAUCUAUCUAUCUAUCUAUCUAUCCAUUGCGUGUUUCGAUUUGUAUCUAUCACUCUCUCUAUCUCUCUCUAUCUCUCUCAUUCUGUAUCUAUCUACAUUAUUUUCUAUCUAUCUCAAUUUGUUCGUAUCUAUCUUCAUUUCUUUCUUUUCUACCUAUCUAUCUAUCUAUCUAUCUAUCUAUCUAUCUAUCUAUCUAUCUAUCUAUCUAUCUAUCUAUCGUCUUUACUUUCUUUAUAUCUAUCUAUCUAUCUUCAUUAA